AUGUCUUUUCAUAACAAUGGUCAAGAAUUACCUUGUUCAAAUAAUCCAGAACUAUUAAGACAGAGAACAGAUUCUAUGAAUUCUUCGUCUCAACGAUAUCCUUCAGUCAGCAAUUUGCAAAGGGCACCUUCCGUAACGUCUGCUAGAAAUCAUUCUGGAGAUAAGUUCACGCCCAUAGCUAAUUCGAUUGAAUCUUCUGUAACAAAACUACUGGUGAUAACAAAACAAUUGUUGGAAAGCUUAACUAAAUGGAGCAAACAACUUGCAGAACCGGACGAUGUCUCAGCUAUUUAUAUUCGACUCGUCACUGAAUUUAAUAUGACCAUAAGGAUUUUUAAAGAAGUGGGAAUAGAAAGCUUAGACCUGGAAGAUUUCCCAUUUGAAUUGCGUUCUAUACUUGAAGAGACGCUAGCCGAAAUCCCUUCAACAGAAUCCCUUCAGCGUCAUCUCCCACAUGUCCGAGAAAUAAUCAUGCAUCUUCUUAAGAGCUUAAAAUAUAAGCAAUCCCUCUAUAAAUCGCGAUUUUUAAGACCUCGCAAAGAAUCACAGGCCAGUCGAGGGUCGGAAGAAAACACUUCGAGGAAAGGGAGUAGUGAGUAUGCUUUCUGUACACGAAGCACAAAUUUCGAAAGCUUUUUGGGCCCUCCAGCUUUUCCUGAUACGCCAAAUGCUUUGAAUGCUCUCAAGCAAUCUUCCUCUCUUGAACGACGAGCUAGUAAACGCUUAUCUAAAAUGAAUAAAAGUGUUCAGCAAGGACCCAAUGAUGAUAUCCAGAGAAAUAAAAUAACUGUUGAAUCUGUGCGCGAUUUACUAACUGACUCGCAAGCAGCAGAUAUUAAGUCGUUGGAUACUUCUGUCAAAAGCCCGACAGAGGAAUCUCGCUUCGACAAAUUAAAUCAUUUAUCUGAGGACAAUGGUACGAAGGAUUUCAAUAUAGGUCGAAGCCCAAAUAGUGGCUUUCCCAAUUCUAAUUCUCUAAAAUCAGGGGAUCCUUCUUACGCAUAUAAAUUGAAUAAUCAAAAUACUUCCGAUUUGUCAAAAAACAAUCAAAGAACCCCUCAAAGAUCUAUGACAACGUCUUCCGGAACGAGAUCUUUUUCUUCCAAUAAAACUACUUCUCCCAAAUAUGUACCCUCUAGUACACCAGUGUUACUACCUAGAAGUCGUUCAUUCACUUCCCCAAUUCCAAAUGAAGCAUCUUCAGCUUUGGAAUCAAAAUCUGAAACUCCACAGGAAAUAAAAACGCCUUCACGGGCAGUUGAGUCUCUUGAGGAAACGCAUAAUCGGGAUCCACAAAGUUUACAAGAGAACAAAGUAUCUCAGGUCAAUACUAUAGAAAUGGUUUCUUUGCCUCAACAACCUAUGGGUGCGAAUUCAACGUUAAGUAAACUAAAUAGAGAAACUCGGGAUUACCUGAAUGAAGAAGAUGCUGAGACAAAACAUCCAUUUGCCGAUCUAAACGUUAAAGCAUCAAGCAAUGAAAUAUCCGAAGGGUUUAAACAUGAUUCACUUGAAGAAUUAGAUCGUUUGGUCAAAACCAACAACAAUUUGAACAUAGAUGGUGGCGGCGCCAAGGCGCCCAUCAACGAAGAAAAGAAUGAAAACGAAUAUCCUCCUGUUGAUGAACGGCCGCUCCCUUCUGGUAAUAUGGAAGUCGCAAAUGAUCGCUCAGAAAUGCCAAAGGAGGAGAGACGUCCUAUAGACAAUCGAGAAUUUACUGACAAAAACGACGAAUCCUUGCACAAGCAAGAAGACGUCAGGGAAUUUGAGCGAAAUCACGGGAGUUUCGUUUAUUAUUUAAAGUUCAACAAUAAAACCUAUAAAGUGGUUUCGUCUUCAGUAGUUGAUACGCAGGAGAAGUUAGAAGCCCUUUUUCAAUCUAAGUUUGGGAAUGAGUUUAUAGAUUUCUCCUUUGAAUUUUAUAUUGAAGAUUACGAUACCAAGGUGAAUUAUUUAUUGGAAGACUAUUCGGAUAUGAAACCUAAAUCAUUGGUAGUAGCUCAGAAAGAACAACUGAAAACCAAAGAAGAAUCACCGGCUAAUGGUGCUAAAGCGAUGGUUGAAACCGCUCGAUCCCAUGAAGAACCUCCAAACGAAGAAAUAGAGAGUCCCCCAUUAUUUCAGGAAUUGCUUCAACGUUUAAUAAAUAUAGAAAGGAAAUUAGGCAAUAAGCAUACUACGAAUGUUCCAUUUCAGCUUUCGUCUCCUAUUAAAGACUCCAAACGCGGCAGACUUGUGACCGAUUCUACCAAUUAUCAGAAAGUCAAGUCCAUGCAACUGGAGCUAGCUUCUUUGAAGCAAGUUUUUGCUACAUCUUUCGCGAAGAUCCCUUUGCAACUUAACGACUUUAGAAACCAAAUGAAUAUAAUUAACAGAAAAGCCUCUGGAUUUGGGUUUGAUCGUGGAUACAUCCUGAGAAGCAAAGAUUCCAUUGAAGCUGCCGCUAAAUCUUUAGUUAAAAGGUUUGAUGAUAUUAAUGAUCAAAUUGAGCUCUUAAGGUCUGACGUUUUACUUCGAAAAGUCCGCCCAGGUUUGGAUCAGACUUCUUAUUUAAACAAGGAAAAAGAAUUCAUUGAGAAUAAUAUACGUUCGUUGCAAAAGUCGAUCGAAGAAGUAACACCAACAUGGAAAAAGCAAUGGGAAAAAGAGUUGAAUGCGAUUGUGCAAGAACAAGAGUUUUUGGAUAAUCAUACGAGCCUUGUAGCGGAUUUAAAUAAAGAUUUUGAUUCGGUUACAACUGUUUUAUCAAAUGUUUCUGCUAUUGCCCAGCUUCAAGCAAAAUCUGGAAUUAAAAGCAAGCCUUUAGCUGUGAAGCCUGCUUCAGGGGACAUCAAAGGAAUUCGUGAACAGAUUCACACGGAUGUUUUAAAAUUGAGACCAGAUAGCGAUGUCAGACUUCAGGCUAUUGAACGGUUUGAAGCUUUUCAACGAAAGAAGGUUCUCUUACACGAGGACGAGUUUGAAAAAGAAAUUCAAGAUUUUAUUAAUGACGAUAGAUUACGAAAGAUUGGUGGUGUUGAAGAAAUUGAACGUCGUCGAUUGGUGCAAGAUGAGCAGAAUCGGAAACUCUUAUGGAAAGGUGCCUUCAAUAAUACGGAGAAGUCUAUAUCUACAGAAGAUGAAAAGCGAGAUUACAAUGCUAAAAGCUUACCCACUAAUGCUCAUUCUGGAAUCCCAAAUUUUUCCCAAGUGGAUACGACGUAUGAUGGUGUCUCAAGUGAGUCGCGGGACGCUAUGAAAAACAGUAAUGCUCCACCAUAUAUAACCGACGAUGAAGCCGGUCAUGCUGAAAAGGAAGAAACGGGCCCUUCGUUAAUGGAUAUGGCGCGUAAUGUCUCAAGUGAUUCGCUAGACGCUAUGAAAAACAGUAAUGCUCCAUCAUCUAUAACCGACGAUGAAGCCGGUCAUGCUGAAGAGAAAGAAACGGGUUCUUCUCUUACGGAUAUGGCGCGUAAUGCCUCGAGUGAUUCGCUAGACGCUAUGAAAAACAGUAAUGCUCCACCAUCUAUAACCGACGAUGAAGCCGGUCAUGCUGAAGAGGAAGAAACGGGCCCUUCGUUAAUGAAUAUGGCGCGUAAUGCCUCGAGUGAUUCGCUAGACGCUAUGAAAAACAGUAAUGUUCCACCAUCUAUAACCCACGAUGAAGCCGGUCAUGCUGAAGAGAAAGAAACGGGUUCUUCUCUUACGGAUAUAGUACAUAAUGCCUCAAGCGAGUCACAGGAGGAUAAUCAUAGUAGUACCGAUGUAGAUUUACCAUCAACCACGAAUCUUUUCGGGUUUGAUCACGCUGAAGAAAAGAUUGGUCCCACUGAAAAGGGGAUUGAUCCGUCUCAACCAUACGAUGCGUAUGAUAAAGUCUCAAGCGAAUUGCCAAAAAAACUAGGAGAUACUAGUGAUGUUAUUUUGCCAUCAACUGGUCCUAGGAUAACAGAAGAGAGAGAAACGAAUGAAAAGGGAACUGUUCCCCGUGUUGGACAUCACCGCAGGAAUGAUACUAUUUCGACAGAUGAUUAUGAGGCAUAUCAGGAUGCUGAAGACGAGGAUAAUUCGCUAACAUAA